UGUGCCAGCAGCAUUGAAACUUAUUUACUUGCCUAAAACGUGGUUGAAACGUUUGAAUUAUAAUGGAUAAAACUUAAAACGAAAUGCCGUUGCAACAGAACUUUAGACCGCCAACCAGGCGGGCUCACUCUCAGAAAGAUAUCUUUAAAGCCAAAAAAGCUGACGAUAUGCAGAUGACGAGGCGGCCCUCCCAGACGAGUCGGCCCUCCCUGACAGUGAACAAUCAUCAGACCAGAGAUAGAGCUGUUUCUUCCUCUAAAAACAGAGAUAUUGUGACGCUUAACGUGGGGGGACUGUGCUUUCAAACACGGAGAAGCACUUUGAGAAGAUACCCCGAAACUUUGUUAGGUUCUGACGAGAUAGAAUCUUACUAUGAGGCGGAAAGGGGGGAAUAUUUUUUCGAUCGGAACAGGGCAGUCUUCCAGCCCAUCCUAGGUUACUACCUUUCAAACGGGGUAAUGUGUCUUCCCUCUCACAUCAACCCAGACAUCUUCGUGGAGGAGCUGCGAUUCUUUAAGAUGGGACCUCAUGUUAUCUCCCGCUUUGCUAUCCAGCAAGCCAGCAGUCAGUGGCUCAUUAACCAAGGCAUGCGUUUCUGCCAUCCUUUACAGAAGAAGUUAUGGAUGUGCCUGGAUAAUCCAGAUUCUGGACGACUUGCAAAAGUGAUAGCCUACUUGGAUCUGGUGAUAAUACUAAUAGCAGUUGUAGCACAAUGCUUGGAAUCCCUGCCACAAAUCAGGGCGGAAUGUCCGCCCGAUCAGAGUUGGAAUUAUUACUACAGCGGUCCCACGUCCUGUGUAGCUCUUCUGGCAAUAGAAGCGGUCAGCAACAUCUGGUUCACACUGAACUUUACAAUACGAUUUGUCUGUUGUCCUGACAAAAGACGGUUCGCUAAGUCUGUUCUAAACUGGUUCGAUCUACUCGCGAUACUGCCUUUCUACCUAGAUCUGAUCUUUAGACAACAGAAGAACCUCAGUUUCCUCAUGGUACUCCGCUUCUUCCGAACUUUGCGAAUAGUGCGCAUAUUUAAGAUGUCUCGUUACUUUCAGGGACUGUUUGCCCUGGGUUACGCUCUCAGUUCCAGCGCGGGGGAACUUGUCAUACUAGCUCUCAUGUUGAUAACUUUUGUAGUUCUGUUCAGCAGUCUAAUAUUCUUCACAGAGCAGCCUGACGAGGUUAUGACAGUGCAUGUCAAUAACACAUUCGACUUUCUUAUUCAGCUAAAUUCAACAUGUAACCCUGUAAUCAACCUUACAAACAUGUUAUCAGAGUGCGGCUCACAGCUGGCGGUUCCUCUCACUAUUGUUCUGGGUAACAAGACUAUUACUAUCUCAGAUGUGCAGGGCUGUGAGCCGCCUCCUACGCCUAGCAACCAGUUUGACAGCAUCAUCACUGGGUUCUGGUGGAGUAUCAUCACAAUGUCCACUGUGGGGUACGGUGACUACGCCCCAAAGACGGCCAUGGGCAAGGUGGUGGGUAGUUUGUGUGCUCUGACUGGGAUCCUGGUUAUCUCCCUACCCUUUCCCCUCAUCAUCAACCGUUUCAAUAACUUCAUGAGACUGAGAUCCGCUAAUGGUAAUUCCAGGUACUCUACAAUUGAGAAUGGGCUUAACAGUGACAUUGGUGUGGUGCCCGAAUACUCGGGAGUUGCUUUUGGUUUCUUCUCCAAAGACAGAAUCCCCAGAGUAGCGGAUAAGGAGGAUACUGAUUGUUGAAUAGAGUGAAGCGUAUAGUAUAUACACUGCAGCUCCAUCCUAAUAGAGUAACAGAUAGGGAAACUACUCCGCGUGUAGGUUCUUUUAGGUCAUUUUAAGAGCUUUAAGCAGAGUCAACUUUAAUAUCUCGAUGGUAAAGAUAUGUAUGUGUGAAUUGAAAAUGAGAAUAAAAGACACUUUUAUUGGUACAAUUCCAGCUAUCAUAACCAACACCCAGUGAGAUUCAGAAUAACCGUAAAAGCUUUAAACACGUACACUGCGUAUACACUGCGUAUACACUGCGUAUACACUGCGUAUACAUUGCGUAUACACUGCGUAGUGCGUAUACACUGCGUAUACACUGCAGCUCCAUCAUAAGCUAUUUCCCCAUGUAAAGCUUGUAUUCUUCUCUUCACCCAGUGGAAGGAAGCUGCUACGUACCGAGUUCAAAUUAUUCCUCAACACUUAAAGAGUGAAAUAGCGAACUUGCCAGCCUCGUAGUCUCACCACUAAAUAUUUAUACAAUUAUGUAGGAGAAAGGUAAACUAUUCGGAGAAUCCCAGACUACGGUUAACGUUUAUCGUUAUUGUUGAUAAAAUUGUUUUAUCAUCUGAUAAUAGAGAAUUAGAUAGCCCUUAUUGAACAAAAGACCCAACAUCGUGCAAAUUAUCCACUGUAUAAAAUACGAUUAUUAAACUACAUAUAACUUUGCGAAGGCAAGCACGUUGCCCGUUCGUUGUAGAAACAAUUAGCAUACCGCAUCUCUCAUGCAACAUUAAAAAACAACCUUUUUUCAUUGGACAGAUAAUAGAAAACUGAGUUUAAAUCAAACUGAGAAGCUUGCCAGCACAAUGAAUAUUUAA